UAUUUUUACAUAUUAAUGAAAAAAAGAAAUUAAAAAAAAAAAAAAAAAGGAGAACAGAUAAUUUUGUUUACUUGUUCCGAUGGAGCAUAGUCUGGUUGUUCAAUCAGGAUAAGGCUACCUCUUCCUCAUUUAUUCUCUUUUUUAUUGUGUUUUUUUUUUUUUUUUUUUUACUUAUCCUUUUAAUUAUUUUAUUCAAUUCAAUAUCAAUAAAAAAAGCUAUUUCUCUGUUUCUGAGAAAGAAUAACAUCGAUGGGGAAAAUAUCACCACCUCCCCAUGUGCUCUUCACCAGCUACUACUAAUAUCAGCCUCCUCCAAUUUCUUUCUUAUUCUCUCUCUUUGUUUUUCUCAUUUCAAUCGCAAGCUCUUUUUCUUUAUUACUCUGCUAUUUAACUAUUUUUUAAUUUUUAUAAAACAUGUCUAUUGCUCUGGAGAGCAAUGGUGGCGAUGCGAUCCGACGAUCCAGGUUGGGCCACCGCAUGCCUUUUAAUUCGAUCUAUGACUCGCAAGAACCCAACGCUCCUGCCGAAGGAGAUCAUCGGCGUUUGGAGCAUGACUCCGACUCUUGCAGCUCAUCGUCGAUUGGGAGGAACAGCGACUUGUCAGGUGGGUCGUCGGACGGGGAAGAAUCCGCUAAUGAUGAGGUGCAGAGCUCGUAUAAAGGACCCUUGGGCACCAUGGAUGCUCUGGAGGAAGUUUUGCCCCUCAAGUAUGAUAAUGGGAGAGGCAUAUCCAAGUUUUAUGGUGGCAAAUCAAAGUCAUUCACAAGUCUAGCAGACGCCUCAUCUGUCUCUUCUAUUAAAGACCUUGCAAAGCCAGAAAAUCCCUACAACAAGAAGCGGAAGAAUCUGUUAGCUCGUACGAAUCCAUUGGAGAAGAGUCGUAAUUGUCCUUUGAAAAAUAAUGGUGGUGGGAUAUUGAAGAAACUGGCCAACUCCAAUAGAAACUCUAAUCUUCUUGGUGAUACUCUGAGCAGCUCUGGCUGCAAUAAUAAUCAUGAUGACUCCAACUUGUUUUCGACAUCACCAUCUUCCUGCCUUCCACCCUUGCAUCCGCACAUUAAAAGGUCACCUGGCAACGGAUCGUCAUCACCUCCUCAACGACAAUCUCCUUGGCGAUCCUUUUCUCUGUCUGAUCUACAGUGUGUUGCUGCAUCUACGCCUAACAUAACUGGACUGGCCAUUUAUAGUGGAGACGAGGACAACAAAUCACAUUGAGACAUUUUAGCCUGUGUUUCAAUUUCUCUUACACUUGUCAAAAAAAAAAAAAGAAUGUUUUCGAUGUUGAAGUUCUUCAGGGGUCAAUUCCUGGUUCAAUCCAGGGUUAUUCCGUUUUACUUCAUUGUAAGCUUUAGUAUACUGUUCGUCCGCGUUUUGAGAGUCUAGUAGCAGUUAUAGACUUCUUAGCGUUUCCAGUUGUUGGCUUUAGAUCUUGAGUCUUAACAACUAUACUUCGACAUUGUACAAGAACUCUUAAGAUUUACCGAAUUUCUUCCUCCCA